AUGGAGCGCUACGUGCUGCUCCUGAGCUGGGCCGAGCGCCGGGCCGAGGGCGGGCCCGCGGCAGCGACCGCCGCAGCUGGGGCUGCAGCAGAUAUGUAUCAGUUCCUGAAAGAAAGUUGUAAUGCAUCUGUAAAUGCAGAUGUGAGCAUAUUCCCAGCUUGCUCAGUGGCUGGUAUUCCAGGUGCAAAGAAAUGGUAUUUUGCAAGUCAUGUCAUUUGUGGUUAUUAUCAGUUCUGCAGUUCUGACUGGGAGGAAAUAAAUGUUGACACACAGAAAAAUGAAGACUCUCACCAAGCAAGCAUUGAUGACAACCUGGGAACCACACAAAACUUUGAGGAUGAUGACAGUAACAGUCAGGAAUCACUGUCUCUGACUGAUAUCUAUGAUGAAGCUGCUGAAAGUCUGCAUCAAUUAGCUGAUAAAUUGCCUGCCCCAGGCAGAGCAAUGGUUGAUGUAAUCCUGCACGCUGUUGAAUGUGAUGGACCCAAACUGAAGGACUGCUUACCUGCUAUUGGCGCCCUGAAACACCUGAGAGAGUGGCACUCUGCACAGAUCACUAUUGCAGCAAGUGAUGCUAAAGGUAGCUGGCAGAAGAUUGCAGACUAUCUGUCAGCAGACUUCAUAUCUCCAGAUGAUAUAACAAAUAUCAUUGAUUUAAAUGAACUCUGGAGAGGAAAGAUUCAGAUAUGGGAAAGAAAGUUUGGAUCGGGAGUGGAUUUUCCAGGAUUUUGUAUAAAGAGCACUUCAGCCAAGACAUUCAGGACUGCAAAUUUAGGUUCUUGCUUUGCUGCUAAAAAAGAGUGCCAAUCAAGGAAUACUGAUACUUUGCCAGAAGUUUUUCAUUACUAUGGUCCUGCACUGGAAUUUUUACAGAUGGUGGUGCUCUCUGAUCUACCUUCCUUUUUUGUGUCAGAUCUGGAGUUUGAGCUGAGCCUGUCAAGAAAGAAUACCAAGGAUGCAUCUGCAUUACUUUUGGACCAGAUUUCUUUUCUCUCUGGGAAGGUGGGAGCUUUGCUUACAUUGCCAUGUAAUGUAAGCAAUGUAGUGAUCCCAUCUCCUGCCCAGCUGAGCACCAAGAAAUGGAAGGAAUAUAUGGCUAAGAAACCCAAGGUCAUUUCUGUUCCAGAAAUUGAACUGAAAGGAGAAUCUUGCCGAUAUUAUUUCUUGCUACAAGGCAAUGGCUCUGGAGGAUGUAAAGCGACCUUGAUUCAUUCAGCUGGCCAGAUCAAUGGGAUGGCCACUCUUGCUGCAGUAAAUGGAAAGCUGAAGGCAAAAGGAGAGGGAACAGAGUCAGGGUUUAAUGUUUCUGCCUUUAUCAAGUCUCUGCCAUGCUAUUGUGGAGAGGAGAUUGUGCAGAGAGAAACAAAACUGUCUCGUCUCCAAGUGUUUGCCUUGAAGGAAUAUCUCAAGAGAAAGGAAUUGACCAAGCAGCCUGCAGUUAUUUCUACCAGUGAGUUUAAAAGCUUAUUAAAACUCACAAGAGAAUGUUUUAUGGACCUAUGCAACACUAUUCUUCCUAAACCAGUUUUACAGAAGGUCAACAAUAAAACCAGGUCAUGCACAGUGACGUGUGAGCCUGGUUUCAUAGAGCCAAAUCCAUUGGAGUGGCCAGAAAGACACGUUCUUCAGAAUUUGGAAAACUUUGAAAAAAACAAACAAAAAAUGAGAGUUCCUCUGUUUGCACAUUCAUCUGAGCAGUUGCUGGGACAUAAGGACAGCCAGAGGGAGUCCCUGACGCUGCUGGAUGCUAAAGAGCUGCUGAAAUAUUUCACCCCAGAAGGGCUGCCCGUGGGGGAUCUCCAGCCUCUCCAAGUUCCCAAGCGUGAAAAUGCAUUUCUUUUGACACCAGAGCUUACUCCUCGAAAACUCAGAGGUUUGCCUUUUGAAAAAGCAGCUGGAUGCCAUUAUCAUGGACUAGAGUAUUGUCUAGAUAACAGAAGAGCCUUGGAGAGAGAUGUGGGAUAUGCCGAACUUCAAACUCGCCUUAUUCGCUAUGAAACUCAGACUACUUGCACCAAGGAGUGCUGCCCUGUGCCACUUGUCUUGAGUCCUCUCCCAUCUCCUGCAGUCUUGUCAGAGCCUGGAAGUGUCCCUGAUGAAGAGUCUUUACAAAGCGAACUCAAAACAGAGACAUCAAGGCUAAAACGCAGAUCAAAAGACCUGGAGUACUUUUAUCCCAAGAAAAGGCUAACCAAAUCUGAGAGUACAGACUCCCUCCUGUCUCAGGCAAGUGGAAGCAGCAGGAGUCAGUGUGCAGUUGCUGUGCUGAGGAAACGCUCUGAAAGAUCCAUUUCUGUGGCUGCAGUGCCAUCGAAACUGCCCGGCCAAGCCCCCAGAGCAGCCACCAAGGCUGGCUCAGCUGCAGAGCCUGAGGCCUCCAAGCAAGACAAGGAAUCCAGAUCCCAGAAACACACAAGGAUGCUGAAAGAGGUAGUUGCUAAGACUCUUCAGAAACAUGGAAUUGCAGAGGAUCAUAAGUGCUUUGCAUCGUGCAGCCAGCGUCUAUUUGAGAUAUCAAAAUUCUACUUAAAGGACCUUAAAACUUCUAGAGGACUUCUUGAUGAAAUGAAGAAAACAGCAAAUAGCAAUGCUAAACAGGUGAUUGAAUGGGUUUUGGAGAAGACUGGCAAGUAGAGGCACUGUGUGGAUUUGUUCACACCUUCCCAGGAGCUGUGGAGACAGAGCACUUGUGACUACAGAAGCAUUAUACUGCCCAAUGCACAUAGAUCCACACACUGGGAGGACUUUGGUCAGUGUAAUUCUAUACACUCAUUCUUCAAGCAUAGGAGCAAGGCUGGAAACUUCUUAUAAUGAAAGUUUUUAAAAUUUUUUUAAUAAUUCAAAUGAAAAGAGGUUGUAUUUUAUAUGUGUAUUUAUUACCUUUGUUAAAAGGAAUACAGCUUGACUUGGUUUAUAAAGCUUUGUGUAUUUUUCAACCAGUGUACUUAGUUUUUCUAUGAAUAAAAAAACCCCACAUAUUUAAUUUUGAUAACUACUACUUUGAUUUACCUUUUUGUGUGAAGAUCUCUAUUCAGCUUAGUACAGCUUCCUUUUGUAUAAACAGCUGUUUACAGCAUGGGCCAAUAGCAUUUUAUACACUGAUUAAGAACAGUUCCUAUUCUGCAGGUGAAAACAAACAUAAGCAGAAUUUGAAUCAUAAUUAUCUUUGUUUUGUAAUAUAAGGAAGAAAAAAAGCAUGGCUUGAAACUUGAGACAAGUCCCAUUAAACAAAGUUUCUUUGUUUUAGAAGCUGAAUUUUCAGUAUAAUUUCCUGCAUGCUCUUUGUAACACUCCUUAGAAAAAUAUCUAAGGGGAGAUCUGAGAUUUCUUUUCCUGGAAGAGGAGAAAAUCAAAGCAGUAGUGGUAAUGAAGAUGGUGAGAGCUGGAAAAGAGCUGAUGUGCUAUGCUGAAAUGUAAGGGGGGGAAAAAGAGUUUCUAGCUGUGUUGCAAACAGUAAAAUGCUAAAUUUGGCCUCAAUUUGUUUAAGUACCUGGAUGGGACUAAUGUAAUUAUUCAAGUUAGUAUUUUGUUGAGAUGAGGAGUUCCUACUAAGCUUUCUGUAUUAAAGAUUUCCUAUUUAUCAUAUAAACUAAUGGAUUAAAACUGAUAGAGAUGCAGGGCUAUUGUUUGCUAUAUUCUCCUGGUAGGAAAAUAGAUUAAGCAAUACAAAUAUAAAUGAAACAUAAUGUUAUGGAAAAGUAAUCGAACUAAACCAUGUGGAGGUUGGACUUAAUACUGUAAAAUCUAUGCAUUCUCUAAAGAGCCUUCCUGAUUUUGUGACAUUAUUCUUUGCUUAAUUCUAUUUGGAGUAAAGCUGAGCCCUAUGGAGGUUUUUCAUGUCUAACAGGGUCUUGAGUUUAACUGUUCUGUUCCUUUGUUCCCAAGUUCACCUUGUUCUGAACUCUACAAGACCUUUUCAGGGUGGGUGUGUACCUGGUUUGACUGAGCUGCAGUAGGAGAGCUCUGAAGUUGUUCUGCUGUGACAGUGGGCUCUAGUAAGUACUGCAUGUGUCUAAGCCCAGGAAAAACAUAACUAUUUGUAAGAUGGAUUACAUUUGUCUGCAGAAUGCCACACAUCCACAGCUUCCCAGUUUUAGUGAUUUGGUGAAAUAGAAAUGCAAUGAAGAGAGUUAUUUAAAUAAUCAUUUAAUGAGUGCAUGCACAAAAUUUCUCCAACAUAAUGAUUACUGUGUAUGGCUCAUAUUUCUUUGCAUUCAAUAUAGAAAACAAAAAGUAAUCAAGACAUUAACCUUUCUUAACAUCUUACAGUGAAUCAAGAAAGUCUCUACUUCCAGAGGGAGAAAAGCUGUAAGCUGUAGCCUUAUCUGUUCAGCCUGAAUGCUGAUACUUUUGUCUGAAUACUAAGCAAGCCAAAGAAAGCUGUAUUUUCUGCUUAAUUUUGGGAAGUUUAUAUGUUUGUAAUUAGAAAAACUGUGUAGUUAAUAAUUAUACAUAAGUUGAUAAGUAAAAGUACAGAAGCUCUACAUAAAUCCUGGAGGCUAGCUGCCAUGAGCAAAGAAAAUACCUUCAGGAAAGUAAUUAAUACUUUGAACUGGUUUUCUUGUACUUCAAGUAAAACCCAAUGGUUAUUGGUUUAAUUAAUUCUGUAGACUCAAAGGCUGGCCUGAAAUAAUCAGCAGGAAAGCAGUUAGAGAAACAUAAGCAUUUUGAUGUAUUGGUUUUUUGCACAAUUCCCAGUGCAGAACUAAUAUACUGUUACCCAUGUCUCAUUUGCUCUUUGUGUUGUUGGCUUUUUAGGGCAAGUAGUAGCUGGGUUAUUAUUGUGGCUUAAUAACACUGUGCCCCAUUUAAGCUGUGAUAACUGUCCCUGUCCAUGCUCUUAACCUACAAAAAAGCAGGCGCAAUAAUUUCACCUGGUCCACUGUAACAGCACUAAACCAAAUUAUUUUACAUCUGUUGUAGUUCCAAAACCCCACACUGAGAGUUCCUGCAGCUCAGCUGAAGUCCUGUAACUCAAGUGAUAUGGAUUAUAACAUCACCCUUUGCCUCUGAACUUCAAAUUAUUUUCUUGUUUGUGGUUGCUGAACCCCAAAUCCAUAUUUUGGGCGCUUGCUUUCAUGUUUUUGCAAAUCAGGAUGUAGUCAUAUCCACCAGUACACAUUUCUGGUUUACCCGUAAUUCAUCCAUCCCAUAUAAUAAGCAUGUAACAACAUAACAGCAUAAUACAGUAAUAUUAUGUAUGAUAUCUAGAAGCACAUCCUCCAUCCACGUUAUAUGCUUGUAUUCCCCACAGGAUUGGGGUAAGACAGCACUGAUGUGCUUGUAAUUUGUGAUGUCAUUACUUGUAAUAUGACAGCAAUUACAUAAUGAAUAUCACUGGGCCACCACACAACUUAGCUUGGGUACUAAUGCUUGUCCAAAUUCACAAACCUCUUUGUCCCAGUUCACAGUUCUCCCUUGGAAUUUAUUUUCUAAAUUUGUUUCCUAAUGCCUCUAAUUGUUUACACAAGAACAGAAAUUCUCUUGAAGGAAAAAAAUGAAAAGCCAGUCUCAUGUGGGAAAAGCAGGUGAUUAUGUUCUACAGGAGGUUAUUGUCUUUGUUAAAUAUUUAAAAUGUUUGUUUUUCCCCUCAUUCUUUUAAAAUAAAUUUUUGCCCUAGUCAGUCUGAGGGUUCACUCUGAGUUAUAGCAAGCAGGCUGAGUUUCUCAAAAUUUUGCAAGCCUACUAUCAAUAUCUACUUUUUAAAAUCAAAGUCACCACUGAAUUAAAAAGUGUCCAUAAUAUACACAGUGUGUGUAUAUAUAUAAAUAUGUAAUAUAUACUGUAUUAAUGGUCUCUAUGUAGUAAAUAGACUCAGUAAAUAGCUAGUUAUCAAUCUGCCAGUUUGACUUUUAUGGAAAAUAACAUAAAUUUAAAAAUCAAUGGCAGUGUAAUGAUCUGGAGCACAUAAUUUCUUUCUUUAGGCUCUGAUUCUGCUUCCACUGAAAGCAAAGAAGCUCCAAUUAACUUUUCAGCAUGGGUAAGAGGACAUUGAGAAUGCUUUCAGGUGGAAAUCAGAUCAAUCUCCCCUUCAAAUCAGCUGAGCUUAUCAAAGCUAAGAGCAGGAUGGAGUGUGCUGCCAUGUCCUGUGGGAGGAAGAAAUUCUAACAUUCUGCAGAAAGAAAACACUUGUUUUGUUAUUUACAAAGGAUCAAUUCUAAUCGUGUUUGUGGUGGUGGUGGUUUGCUUGGUAGCAUGUCAAGAGUCUUGUUUUGAUUUCUAAAGUAUCUUAAGGGAGAUGCUGGUUCCAUUUCAAGGGCAGGACUAUUAGAAACACCGGUAUGAUUACCUGAACACAAUCAGAUCAGCUUUAUUAUGUUGUUCUUUUUUUUGACAAACACUUUAGGUCACAUUUUUCCAAUAACAUUUUUGCUCCAAUAUGUAUCCCAAUCAUUCUCAUGGUGAAGCUGCUAUACAGACUUUCUGAUAAGAUCAUUCCAUUUAUAGUCAUUAUUUUGUCAAAAGAGGGAAACUCUGGAAUAUCCCUUUUUUAGGCUUUCCAUGAGGCUGUUCUGUCAUAACUUGGGUCAGACUGAAAGAAAAGGCUUAAAUUCCCAUAGUUAGCUUUUCUGUUUGGGCCACUAAGUUAAGAUUUAAAUCAAAGGAGAAAAACAAUCUCUUUUUCCAUAACCAUUCAUAAGAGAAAAAAAGGCACAUGUUGGCCUCAGUCCUUGAAUGCAGAAGCUUCAGCAGAAAUUUCUGCUUUUUCUUAAUUUUUUAUAAGUCUUCUGUUACCACCUAGUCCACUAUAAGCAACUUCAGCAGAGAUGUCUGAAUGACCUGCCUUGAAACAUCCCUGUGGGAUUUCAGGCUUUUUUUUUUUUAAUUUUAAGUUUUUUAAGUCAUUCCACCAAUGCAAUUAACAGUUCUCUCAAGUAACAGAAUUCUUAACAGAAGCACUGAAGUUUAAAUGUAUUUCUCCCAGCCCCAAAACAAAGGACAGCCUUCCAGAUAGUUGUCUCGAUACAAAGUAAGCUCUCCUCACAAAAAUCCAAUAAAUGACUUUAUUAAAUAUAUUCUUUUCCUCUAAAAUAUAAAUAUUCACUAUACUCUUAUAAAUGUGGAGUAGGUUCAUAUUUCAUUUAUCUAUCCCAUCCAAAUAUGAAUCAAUCCAAAAUCUGAAAAUGAAGAAAUAGCAUCUGUAAUUAUCAUUAUUUCUUUCUAUAAAUAUAUAUAAUAUGAAUUUUCUUUGCAAACUGCUUAGUUAUUCACUUAGACUUCAUAUAGUACUGAGCACCUUAGAUUACAUUUUGUGUCAUUUCAUUGUUGGCACUAAUACAGGAAUUUGUAAUAUUUACAAUGCACAUACAUGUUAGGUGUAACAUUCCAGUGAUUUGUAAGUGUUAAAAGGAAUAAGGAAAUAGUGCAGUAUACUUUACAUAUGUAUUUAACCUACCCGCCCAGAAUGCAAGUUUUCACUUCAACCUCUCAAACUUUUAGAGGAGCCUGUUUCCAAAUUUUUGAGUCGUACUUUGGAACAGCAAUAGAAAAUGUCCUGAACUGGUUUUUAAAGACUUCACACAACAAUUUCCUUGAUAAGGUGACAUGAGCUCCUCCUCAGAGUCCUGUCCUCCUGCGUACCGACUGCUCUCAGCUUCUCAGAUCCCUCCC